GCCCGAGCCUCGGUGGCCGCGGCGCCGGUGGCCUCGCCCGGGGCGGCGCGGAUGGUGAGAGGAGCGGCCCGGCAGCGCCUGCCCCGCUCCGGCCCGGCCUCCAGAACUCCCGGCCCGGCGGAGGAGCCCCGCCGAAAGCGGAAGCCCAGGACUGAGUUUGCCCUAAAACAAAUCAUGUCAUCAGGAGGAGCUGAAGAUGAUAUUCCCCAAGCAGAGAGGAAAACAGUUACGGAUUUUUGCUACUUGCUGGAUAAAUCUAAACAGUUAUUCAAUGGCCUAAGGGAUUUACCUCAGUAUGGGCAGAAGCAGUGGCAAUCCUAUUUUGGGCGAACAUUUGAUGUUUACACCAAACUCUGGAAGUUUCAACAGCAGCAUCGACAAGUAUUGGACAAUCGGUAUGGGUUGAAGCGGUGGCAAAUUGGGGAAAUUGCUUCCAAGAUUGGGCAGCUCUAUUACCAUUAUUACUUGCGCACUUCUGAAACCAGCUAUCUCAAUGAAGCUUUCUCCUUCUAUUCCGCAAUCAGGCAGAGGUCAUACUACUCCCAGGUUAACAAGGAAGACAGGCCUGAAUUAGUGGUUAAGAAGCUGCGUUAUUAUGCAAGGUUUAUAGUGGUUUGUCUCUUGCUCAACAAAAUGGAUGUUGUAAAGGACCUUGUAAAGGAGCUUUCAGAUGAGAUUGAAGAUUACACUCAUCGUUUUAAUACUGAAGAUCAGGUGGAGUGGAACCUGGUUCUUCAGGAAGUGGCAGCUUUUAUUGAGGCAGAUCCUGUAAUGGUUUUAAAUGAUGACAACACCAUUGUAAUCACCUCCAACAGGCUUUCUGAAACCGGAGCUCCAUUGCUGGAGCAGGGAAUGAUUGUGGGACAGCUUGCUCUUGCAGAUGCACUGAUUAUUGGGAACUGCAAUAACCAGGUGAAGUUCAGUGAAUUGACAAUUGAUAUGUUCCGAAUGCUACAAGCACUUGAAAGGGAACCAAUGAAUUUAGCUUCGCAGAUGAACAAACCUGGAAUGCAGGAGUCAACAGAGAAACCAGCCAGGCGGGAAAACCCUCAUAAAUACCUACUUUAUAAACCAACUUUUAGCCAGCUGUACACGUUUUUAGCAGCAUCAUUUAAGGAGCUGCCUGCAAACAGUGUGCUGCUGAUUUACUUGUCUGCCACGGGCGUGUUCCCAUCAGGUCGUUCGGAUAGUGAAGGUCCAUAUGAUUUUGGUGGUGUUCUGACAAAUAGUAACCGGGAUGUUAUAAAUGGAGAUGCUAUCCACAAGCGAAACCAAUCUUACAAGGAGAUGCAUUGCCUUCACCCUGGUGAUCUCUACCCUUUCACAAGAAAGCCACUUUUUAUCAUUGUGGACUCUUCGAACAGUGUGGCCUAUAAGAAUUUCACGAACUUAUUUGGACAACCAUUGGUGUGCUUGCUCUCUCCAACAGCAUAUCCAAAAGCUUUACAAGAUCAGUCUCAGCGGGGUAGCCUCUUCACACUCUUUCUGAACAAUCCUUUAAUGGCAUUCCUGUUUGUCUCUGGAUUAUCAAGCAUGCGCAGAGGAUUGUGGGAGAAGUGUCAGGAUUAUCUUAGAAAAAUCAAUCGAGACAUUGCACAGCUGCUGACCCACUCCCGCUCCAUAGAUCAAUCCUUUCUUCAGUUUUUUGGGGAUGAAUUUCUUCGUUUGCUUCUAACAAGAUUUAUCUUCUGUUCAGCUACUAUGAGGAUGCACAAAAUUUUCCGGCAGGAAACACGAAAUUAUCCAGAAUCUUAUCCUCAGCUGCCAAGAGAUGAAACGGUGGAGAACCCUCACCUCCAAAAGCACAUUUUGGAGCUGGCUUCCAUACUGGAUGUUAGAAAUGUUUUCCUGGAAAACACUCUUGACGACUAUUAAGAAAAACUGUCUUACUGCAAAGGGGUUUCCCUGGCCACAGAUUUUGAAUGGUGCAGUUUUCUAAUGUGAAAAUCAUAAAAGGAAGUACUUGAUUUUAUUUUUAAACUUAGGACCAUUAUUUUAAAAAGUAAUAAUAAACAGCUGUUAGGUUAGCUGUUCCAUUCUGUAUGGGGGGGUCAAUUUUAUAAGAAGUUUUCAUGUCUUUUAAAUGUUAAACUAAAGAAUUGCUAGAAGUUUAUUUCUGGUCUUGUGGCUGUCAACCACAUUUCCAACAGCUGAUCCUAAGCAUAGAAGUAUUAUUGGUUACCUUUAUCCCACAUUUGUGGAAAUCCUUUAUUUUUAUACAAUUUUAAGAAAUUGGAAAAAAAUCAAUAGAAAAAUGAUAUUUUGUCCCCAAAGAGUCUGGAUUUGAAAUGAUAAAGAUGGAACCACACAGUGCAAACCAACAAUAGCAAUAAAACGAAGUCCUUCAUAACCAGUAUAUUUUUUCAGUCUUAGGCAAGUAAGUAGACAAAACUGUGGAAGAUUAAGUUGCGUUGCAUUUGGAGACAGUGAGUUUGAAAUGAAGUUGUAAAGAAAGUUAAUGCUCCCUACAGAUUUGACACAGCAAUGUCAUGUAUAAACUCUGAACUGCUGGCCAAGGACACAAUUUCCCCUCUGUCUGGUGGGAUAUGUGGUUAGCAGAUCUGUGAAUUAAAAACUAAGAAAGCUAGCACCUCUCUUUCACUGUAAUAAGGAUCAUCUUGCCAUUUUUGUUGCUGCCACAGUUUUCUAGGAGAUAACAUUCUUCAUUGUGAGCCACUAGUCAGAUAUUCUUUAAUUUCUAGCAGGUGUUAUCUUCCUUUCUUUGUGUGGAUGAAAUGUGUGGCUCCCACAGUGUUACCAUUCCCUGACUGGAGUUGAAAGAAUGUCCCAUAAGUGCUGAAUACAAGUCCUUCCUAUCCCCCAUUUAUUAGACCAACCUGUGCUGGAGCUGUACCCCAAGAGAGGGAUGCCAGUACUCCUCUCACGAGUUAAACAAAGUGAGUACUGCCAGUAGAACCUCUUCUACUGCUGGUAGGAGAGGUUGUGGUUGUGUUUGGUAGCCCUGUAGUAUCCUUCGGUCUAGGGAGCUUAAGGAGUGCAAUGGCCUCUGCAAAGGCUUUUACUGGAGAAAAGUGCUUCCCUGACUCUCUUAGACUGUACUGCCUUCUUUGCAGAGCUAGAGGACCUCUUGCAACUCCUGAUAGUAAAGGUUUGAGCAGGGGGAAGGAAUGAAAAUAUUUUAAUUAAAUGAGUUUAUGUUCACUGUUCCAUGUACUAGAAAGGCAUUGAAAGAAUGAGUAUGAUCAGCACUUUUAUGUUGAACCUCAGCCAUGUCUCUGUUUCUGUUGGGGGAAAAAAAUGCAAAAUUUGGUGACUACCAUAGUUGUCACAGUAGGCCUGUUUGCAAGUGUUGUCAUACAAGGUAUGAUCUACUCAGCUGGAAUAGUGAAGGGCAGCAGUUCAGCACUGAUGAGCCUUCGUUCAGCUGUGGAUAGCACGGUAUGGCACAUCAGGAAUUGCUGGAGUGAAGGUGGGAAGUUGCUGUGAAGGUCCUCUCUAUCUGGGAUGCAGCUGAUGCCACCCAUUCUUAAUUUCUAAAGUGAAAAAAAAAAAAAUAGAAAAAAAAAAAGUAGUGUCUGUUCUAAGCAGUCUUGAAGCUGUUGUGUUGGGCCCCCACCACUUGGUGCUGUUCUUUGGACUUUGGCAGGACUUUGUUACAUGGGAUAUGGAGUUUAUUUUAAAGAGUGCGUGUUUGUGUGUGUGCAUGUGUGUUCUAGGCGUUUGUGUGUAUAUGUACAAUACGCAUACAUCUACUGGCUGGUGUAAAUUGUAAAUAUGUAUAUAUGUAUAGGUACUUGUAUAUGUAUUAAAAAGUAUGAAACAGUACAAUGUCUAUAUACAAAAUUUAUAUAUACACACAUACGCCAUUCUGGGUGCAUUCCCCAAAGUAUUCCAGAUCAUUUGUGGUUGUCAUAAAAGUUACAGCUCUUCUGCUAUUGUAAUAAUCUGUUUUAAGGGACUUGCAGUUUGUCCUUGAAGUAAUUCAGAAGUGAUUUCAGAUACAGGAAGCCUCAGUUAGCCAGGGGGAAUGAGUACUUCUCUAUGUGUUACAGUGAUUGGAUUCAUAGAUUCUGAACUGUGAAGCAGAUGAUCUGCCUUUACUUCUGGUAGGAGGUCUCCAUUUAUUAAAAUGUGGGAUUCUGUGUGGAAGCUAAAGAUAGCAGAAGGCCUUUAAUGCAGCAGCUAGUGAGAGAGAGGGAUUUUCUGUUACCCUGCCUGCUGUUCCUCCUUCGGCAGCGUUCAGCUUACAGUAGAGGAGGAUUCAGAUUUCCCAAGCUCACUGCCUUCCAAUCAAAUGCUUUUGUUUUGCUUUAGCAUUUGCUUUGAUGAAACUGUUCUCAUUUUGGUUCCAUGUAUCUGGAUGACAGUAUGCUAAUUCUGAGGAUAGGAGUGAUGGUUCCAUUAGCGUGAGCUGGUGAACUUCUGUGGGAAGUUGUUUGUGAACUGAAUGGGAAAACCUUGGCAGACAGUCUUCAUUUUAGCUGGGCUGAAGCAAGGAGUCUUUGCUUGUGAUCUUAGAGGUUUCUAAUCCACUGUGCAGCCCUAAGAAAAGGUCUUUAAAAAAACAAAACAAACAAAAAAGCUGCAGAUGCUAGAAUAUAGCAGGAGAAUGUGAGGCUUUCAAAAUUAGUUCAAAAGUUGAAUUUCUUAGCAGCAAUGACUGUCCAAAUAAAAAAUUCCUCCUGGAGGUCCCUCAUUCUCAUAUUGCCUUCUGACCUUUGGUUCAGAAGGACUGCUGCUGACAAGGUUAUUCAAAGAUAAAGAUUUCACUUGUGUUAGAAAGAGUGCAAAAGUGUACCUUACAAAGAAAAAGGCUGAUACCUUCUGUCUGCUCUAGUUGUAGAUGGAUAAGUAUCUGGUCUUGGAUUUUGAGCCAGCCCCCUCCCUUCUGACCCAAAGCAACUGCUUUCAAGAUGAAAACUGAAAUUUUCUCUCCAAGUAAAAGCUUGUCUUGUUUGAACUUACUGAGUCAUUCUAAAGUUGUGCUACUGUGUGCUUGUGCUAUGGUCAUAGGUACCUUCUUUGUGUAUGCUUGUAGGUACUGAAGAAAACUUUGGUUUGUGUAUUUAGCAGUCCUCACUAGAAGCAAGGGGAAGACUGAACCAUUUUUGAGUGAGAACAGAUCCCUUUCUUCUCAGGCUUAAUGCCUUCCCUCUUGUCUUGCUAACCCUUCGCUCAUGUUAAUAGAGAAGACUUGCCAUCAACAGGCAAGGAUAAAUUCUGUAUGUUAUGUACUAUGAGAGGAAAAUGUGAACUGUACUGGAUGUCUGUGUAUUGGACAGCUUCUGCCUAGCUUCCUAUUUCUUCUGCAUGUAAUACGUUUGAAUUAAUCCUACUUUCAGAGGAGGCACCUCUGUUCCUCCCCCUCUGUUCCAAACAUCUUAGCCACAGUUAGUGUUGCUGCCUUCUUUUUUUGCCUUUUUGACUUGUCAAAAUAACAGUGGGAAGGGAAGAGAAGGUAACGAAUCUUUACAGCUGUGUUUUUAACUACUCCUGGGAUAUGAUGUCUCAUUUUCUUCAUGCACAACUAAAUGGAGCAUUAGCUCUGUGAGCUUUGCAAACUGGAGUUGCUCCCUGGAGUACUUUCUCAAGAAGUUUCAGGACUGUUUGUUUGGUAGUUUAUCAAACAGUAUCUGUCAGGUUAUGACUUACUAAAGCUCUCAAGACUAUUCCAUAGGGAGAUGUGCAGAGAUGUCUUUUAAGGUUCGCAGGAAAUAGAUGGAGACGGGGAAUUAGGCUUCAGAUAAUCAUCUGCAAUGUGAGUAGUUCUGAUCAGGCAGCUCCUCUAGGAACGAAAGUAUCUAUCACUCCAUCGCUCAUCCACAGGCAUGUUGUUGUGAAGUGCCUCCCUCUGCUUUGCCUUCAUCCUUACACUGUAACUCCAUGCUAUGCCCCAAGUCUGCUUCUUCCUAAAAGCUAAAAAAAACUUGGAAUCCGUCUGAACAACUUGUUUUUUGUUUUGUUUUGUCUUGAGGCUUCUUUUGUAACAGCUUUAUCUAUGUUAGAUUCCUCAGUAGAUGUUUGUAUUACAGGUCACUAAUGAUGGCAGUAGCAGAGCCCUCGGUUAGUCCUGCCCUUUCCGGACCAAGUGGCUGCUUAGGUGUCAGCAGCUGAUGUGUGAUGGCUGCUGCUGUUCUGUGGCUGAGGGAGCUCCGCAGACUGGAAGCUGUUCACAGCCCUUGGUGACUUUGCCUGGCAGCACUGUCAGCUUGUGCGAGGGGUGUUGGUGCAGGGUGGGGCAGAAGUCUGCGAAGUGGAGAGGUUGCAUAUUGCUGAGAUGGCUCUCUGACAUUUCCUAAUGUCUCUGACUUCUAGAGCAGUUCUGUUUCUAUGACCAAAUCUAUUGCACGUGCUUUGAAGAUUCAGAUGUGUGCAACUGGAACAGAAGGAAUACAUCAGACGUUUUUUUUUUAAUUAUUAUUUUGGGUUUUUUUUACUCUAAACCAUUCCUCUGCCAAAACAAAAGAGAUUUAGUUUGAGCUUUCCGAAUCGCAUCAUUUGGAAUAUCAAAGAGCGUCUCUGCGUUCCUGUUGGUACACUGCUGCACACAGAGAUGAUUUGCUCUUGAAGCUCCUGGCUUCACACUGAGAGCAUACUGCAGCUCCCAAAGGAGCCCUGGAGCCUCUAGCUUUGCCAGAUGUAGCAGCAGCUGUUGGCUCAAGCAUAAAGGCCCGCUCUUACCAUCGGCCCUGCUGGCGCUGCAGGUCUCCUUUGGCACGCGUUCAUCGCUCCCCCGUCAGGGCUUUGUUAGGAGCGGAGCAGGAGCCGCUGUGCAGCAGGGCAGGGCUGGGAGCGUUCAGAGAAAUCGGACCUUUUGGUACCAAAAGUAAUUUUAUAAUGAAUUAACUUAAAGUCAUUUGACAGCCAUGUGCCUGUAAAUCGUAUUUUGGUAAAAAAUAAAAAUAAAAAACAAAAACACACAUAUUUUACUUAAAAUAGAGAUAUAUGAAUAAAAGUCUUGGAGCAAAUAGCCUUUUUUUUGCAAAGGAUCUGUAAAUUGCCAAAGCAAUGUAAUGCCAGAGCGUUCUCUGCCCAUGUUGUUGGUGUCUGUGGGAGGAAAGGAGUGUGUUUGUAUUGCUGCUGGAAUUGUCGGGGAAAAGCCGAGAUGGAAGCGAGACUCGGUAUCGGUCCAUUCCGCGAUGAACACCUUCGGUACCGCUGCUCUGUACUGGCAAUGACAAUAAACGCACGACGCACGGCCUGCUCGCUGCUGCCAUCA